CCGACAAAAUAGAUAAUUCCUCCCAAUAUAGUGAUAUAGUUCUGAAAUAAUUGAUUCUAAGUGCGCUAGACUGGAGUUCUACUUUAUGGGACGCUGUUGACGAGUACCACUGUCAUUCCCCCCGUCCAGACUACAAAGGACCCAUAAGCAAUUGAACGGUAAUUCAAUCCAUCAGUAUCGGCCCGUUCACAGGAGUCUGGGUGUGUUACGUGGAUAUCCAAGAGCCUGAACUCGAGUCGACUAGCAUUAGCUUACUGUCUAGCACGCAUUGCCGGGGAAAGGCGAGCGUAUUUGUAGCAAGUAGAACCUUCAUGCUUCAGCCCUGAGUGCUUUUCUGGGUUGAAAAGAUGAGGUUCGUUAGCACAUGGAUCGCUCUUUUCCUUAGCGUGUCUACUUGGGUCGUAAAGGGGCAGACACCAAUAUAUGAUAUUGCCCUUAAAGGAGAACCCGGAGAGAAAGGUGUYCCCGGACCACCGGYAAGUGAUUUAUAUCUGAAUAAGAAGUCCUAUUACGCUCCAAUUUUGAUAUCUGGUCUUUAUGGCCCUGUAGGAGUAAAGGGACCGGCUGGUCUAGCAGGAGAGCCAGGUGACCCGGGUCCAAAAGGCCCACCUGGACAAACUGGACCACGUGGCACAGUCGGCGCACCUGGAGAACCAGGUCGACCAUUAAUAAAAAGAAUAGGAAUACCMGGUCCCCCGGGUGCACGUGGUGCAAGGGGARCACCCGGUCUUCAAGGACCACCUGGUCUUGCUGGUGAGCCCGGUGAACCGGGAGUCCCGGGAUUACGUGGAGAGCCCGGUAGCAAUGGUGAACCUGGUUCGGCAGGAAAUCCUGGUCGCGCAGGAAUAAAUGGAACUAACGGACCACCUGGUGUUCCUGGACCCCCUGGUCCUCAAGGCCAAGCCGGACCAAAAGGCGAACCAGGCAACAAAGGAGAUCAGGGCUUCAAAGGGGACCGCGGACGAACAGGUUUACGGGGACCAAAGGGAAACCGCGGAGAUCGUGGUCUUAAGGGGGCUACAGGCAUUGCCGGGGAUGCAGGAAAGAAUGGAACUGACGGAGCUCCAGGUUCACCAGGAGAGGCUGGUCCUGAGGGCCCUCGUGGAGCAAUUGGAAGAAGAGGAGAACCUGGAGACCAAGGACAAGCUGGACAAACGGGGCCGCAAGGAUUACCAGGUUCGCCUGGAAUACCUGGUCUUUCUGGAGAGAAAGGAUCGAAUGGAGAACCUGGUCCUGCUGGAGAACAAGGACCUGUGGGUCCUGAUGGCAAUGCUGGCCCGCCUGGAAAACAAGGAGAUAGCGGUGGAGCGGGUCGCCCCGGACGAAAUGGAGCUCCAGGUCAGAAAGGUUCUGCGGGACCUCCUGGCCCGAUGGGACCUCAAGGCUUACCAGGUGGUCCUGGACGACAGGGAGAUCCUGGUGGUGACGGACGGCCUGGUGCACGAGGAAAGAGRGGAGAUAAUGGCAGAAAUGGACAGCGAGGUCUACCAGGCGCACCCGGUGACAGAGGAGAUACAGGCCCUCAAGGACCGCAAGGACCACAAGGUCCAGUUGGUCGACCAGGUCGCCGCGGUAAAGUUGGAUCUCCAGGCAAACAGGGUGCUGCAGGACCAAUUGGUUCUGUUGGACCACGUGGUGUUGGUGGCCGUCCAGGAAGCAUUGGUGCUGACGGUGAAAACGGAGAACGCGGACUUCCCGGUGUUGAUGGAACCAAGGGAGAUCGUGGUCCUGAUGGUACUCCUGGUGAAGACGGCAUUCCUGGAGCUAGGGGAGCUCCAGGACCAUCAGGCGAUCCGGGUCGAAAUGGAAAAGAUGGCGCAAAGGGUGAAGCCGGUAAAGAUGGAGACAAUGGCUUGGGUGGACCUACUGGACCCCCCGGAAUUCCUGGACAAAUGGGAACUAGCGGACAGAAAGGAGAACAAGGCGCACCUGGCAAACCAGGCAGUUCUGGAGCUGCUGGUCUCCGAGGAGCCCCCGGUGCUCGAGGAAACUAUGGUGCGCGUGGCGAACCAGGAAUUCCUGGAAGAGAUGGUACACCCGGUCAACGAGGUGAACCAGGUCCAAUUGGUAUUCCUGGUCUAGCUGGCCAACAAGGUGAACCAGGACCUCAAGGACCACCUGGGCCCGACGGAAAGAGAGGUGGUGUAGGUGAGCGUGGACAGGACGGCCUUCCUGGACAAGUGGGUGUCCCAGGACCACAAGGAGAACGUGGAGCAAGAGGUCUAAAUGGGAAAUCUGGAGAAAAAGGAAAAGCCGGCGAGGCAGGAGCCGAUGGAACACCAGGUGAACGGGGAGAACAAGGAAGCCCUGGACCUGUUGGAUCCCCAGGCGCUUUGGGUAACCCAGGACGACCAGGUCAACCCGGCCCAGCAGGACCUAAAGGAGAAGGCGGUGAUCCUGGUCCAACUGGUCGACGAGGAAACACCGGAACAGACGGUAAACGUGGAUUUGCUGGACUUCCUGGUAAACCUGGACCCAUGGGACCACGAGGAAACAGAGGUGCUGCUGGUACCCCUGGUACUCCUGGCUUUUCUGGACAACCUGGUUUAACCGGUGUGCGUGGACCCCCUGGACCACCUGGAAGACCCGGUGAUAAUGGAAAUCAGGGACCCCCUGGUUCUGUUGGUCGUCCUGGUCCAAUUGGCGAACUUGGAGCGCCCGGAGAACAAGGAAGCCCUGGUGAUCCUGGAGCUCCUGGAGAAAUGGGCCCUCUCGGACCAAAUGGCGAACCUGGCCUAAAGGGCGGCAGUGGUCUAGCUGGAGCUAUGGGCUCCCCAGGAUCUCCUGGUGCAACUGGGCGAACCGGACAAGUUGGACAAUCGGGUCCACAAGGGCCUCAAGGACUCGACGGUGAACGUGGCUUGGACGGCGAAAAGGGUGAUCCAGGUGCACCUGGUCUUAAUGGCAAGCGUGGUAUUCAUGGACAAGCGGGGGCAGACGGCAAAGAUGGAACCCGAGGACGACGAGGAGAACCAGGACGAGAUGGUGACCGAGGACCAAAUGGCGACAAGGGACCACGUGGUAUACCUGGUCGUUCUGGAGCGCCCGGAAACAGGGGACCACCUGGACCUCGUGGACCACAAGGACCAAGGGGUGACAGCGGUGAUGGGGGACGCGAUGGAAACCCAGGCCAGCAAGGCUCUCCGGGAGAAGCUGGCUCUAAAGGACGACGAGGACGUGCAGGAUUCCCCGGACGUCCCGGAACACCUGGAUCUAGAGGAGCACCAGGAAACACAGGCCGACCAGGAUUUAAGGGCAAGAAAGGUUUCUCUGGACAGCCUGGAAAACCUGGACUUCCUGGAGCUCGUGGACGUAUUGGACCUCAAGGCUUAACUGGAGAUCGUGGAAGGCCUGGCCAACAAGGACGACCUGGAGAGGCUGGCGCUCCUGGUGAAGUUGGAAUUACUGGAGACAGAGGAGACAAUGGUGCCAAAGGAAAUCGUGGUUCCCGUGGAAGGAGAGGUCAAAAGGGCCAAAAAGGACAUCCUGGUUCUCCUGGCCGAGUUGGCUUCCCAGGCCGAAGAGGCCCAGAGGGAGAUCCAGGCAGCCCUGGUGGAGCCGGUGAAGAAGGAGAUAAGGGAGUCGACGGUCCUCCAGGUGUAAUUGGCCCACAGGGCUUCGCAGGCCCAGCGGGUCCAAACGGUGCUAAAGGAGUCCAAGGAAGACCUGGCCCCAAUGGAUUCCCUGGUCAAGAUGGCCGAAGGGGACCACCUGGACCUCCUGGACCUCGGGGCGAUGACGGUGCCGUAGCACCACAAAUGGUYCAAUUUUCAAGAGGAGAUCCCAAUAAGGCAGGUGGAGCCGGUGGAGCCGGUGGAGGAGGUGGUAAUGGUGGUGGAGGAGGAGGUGGUAACGGAGGAAAUGGUCUCUUAACUGGUGGCGGAGGCGGAGGCGGAGGCGGAGGAGUAUCAGGAGGAGCUGGAGGAGCAGGCGGAGCUGGAGGAGCAGGCGGAGCUGGAGGAGCAGGCGGAGCUGGAGGAGGUGGUGGAGCUGGUGGUGGUGGUUCAUUUGGUGGUGGUGGCGGAGGAGGUAGUUUUGGUGGCGGAGGAACUGGCGGAGGAGGUAGUUUUGGUGGCGGAGGAACUGGCGGAGGAGGUAGUUUUGGUGGCGGAGGAGGUAGUUUUGGUGGCGGCGGAGGAGCUGGUGGCGGAGGAGCUGGUGGCGGAGGAGCUGGUGGUGGAGGUAGCUUUGGUGGUGGCGGAGGAACUACUACAAUUGGAGGUGGAGGUUUUGGUGGAGGUGAUGGCCAUGGUGGAGGCAGUUUUGGUGGAGGUGAUGGUGGUGGAGGAGGAGGCAUGGGUGGAGGAGGAGGCAUGGGUGGAGGAGGAGGAGGCAGUUUUGGUGGAGGUCAUGGUGGUGGAGGAGGCAGUUUUGGUGGAGGUGAUGGUACUUUUACUACUACUACUGGUGGUGGUGAUGGUGGAGGAGGAUCUAUUUCAAUUGGUGGUGGAGACGGRGGAUUCGAUUUUGGCACAGGUUCAGGCGGAGCUGGAGGCGGACGAAAGAAACGAUCUCUUGGAGAAGUUGGUUCCCUUGACAUCGAUAGCAACAAGGCGGCGACCGAUGAGUGGAGUCGUAUGGCCUAUCAAAUAGCUAAUGAAAUGAUGACAUUUGAACGCCGAAAUGGAACCAAACAAUUCCCCGCCAAAACGUGCAAAGAUCUUGCCAUAUGCUAUCCAAGCUUGAAGAGUGAUUACUACUGGAUUGAUCCCAACCUGGGAUCCAACAAAGAUGCUGUUAGAUUAUACUGCAACAUGACCUCCAAAUCUACAUGUGUUCCUCCCAAACAACAAGUAAGCCGCAAGAAGUGGAUGUCAUUUAACAAGAAUGGCUACAGCUGGUUCUCCGAUGAAAUGACCAACGGAUUUAAGAUUCAAUAUGAUAUCGAUGAAGUCCAAUUAUCUUUACUCCAACUCUUGAGUAGCAAGGCUGACCAGCUAUUCACGUAUCACUGUAAGAAGUCACUUGCCUGGCAUGAUCCCAAAAUAAACUCUGCUAAAAAGGGCCUAAAACUUAUGGGCGCCAACGAGUAUGAAUUUAAAUCCAUGAGCAACCGACGAACUAAGCCAGUUAUAUUAUUAGAUGACUGUAAGGUCCGUGAUCUGCAAUGGCGUAAGACGAUUAUCAAGCUCAACACAAUGCAGUCCUCACGACUACCGAUUGUAGAUUUUGCCCCAUACGAUACAAGAGAUGGUGAAUUUGGAGUCGAACUCGGACCCGUUUGCUUCUCAUAAGCUGUACAUUAAGACUUAUGAAUUGUAAAAUUUCUGUGUUCCCAGAGAGAACUAGCUAGAAAAGUGGCUAGCUACUCAUGUUCGUUCUUAUUACUAGGUUUCAUUAUAUCACUCUCUUUCCAUUGCUAGAAAUAUCUUAAAUAGGAGGUUGAAAAUCUGUGUACUUGGUCCACUGUCUCACAUUAAAACUUUGUGUACAUCAUAUGCUUGUCUGAUAGGAAAAUAUAGAUUUUUCUUGUUUAUUGUUAGCAGUCGCUUAACGCCAGCCAAUGAGUGGUAUAUUAAUUAAAACCUUUGAAAUAUCAGUUAUAUAUGAAUAUCAUUAUUGUAUAAAAAGCCCCUGAUGGCUGUGAUUAAGGUUAUAAAGCAAUAGAAACUCUUUCAAUAAAGGAAAUAGAUUAUUAACA